AUGUCCACUACUGCCUCUCUAGAUGCUCCCGUCGCGCAAAGCGUGGGGAACAUCACCUCCAUCACCAGCCCUCAGUCUACCCACAACCACCGGACGAAGCAUACUCAUGCCACCGCUCACGUUCCCAGUCGGGCAGCCCACUAUGACACCUCUCUUUCCAUCCCAGUACGCAAAUACCUUCAGACCUACGGUCUGACUCCUCCCCACGCAGAGAGCUAUGAAGUGCAGAAGAAGAGAUGUUUGGCACAAUUGGCUCUGAAGCCUACAGACCUCGAGAGGUUUCUGUACCUGAGCACGAUCAGAUAUAACAAUGUCCACCUGUUCUACCGCCUGUUGACGGACCACUUCACGGAGCUGACUCCGUUGGUGUACACACCUACCGUUGGCGAGGCCUGCCAAAAAUGGCAUGAGAUCUACCAACAGCCCGAGGGCAUGUAUCUCAGCUUCGAGGAUCGAGGCCACCUUUCGGCUAUCAUCCAAAACUGGCCUCAAUCCAACGUUGAGAUCACUGUCAUCACUGAUGGUUCCCGCAUCCUUGGUCUCGGCGAUCUUGGAGUCGGUGGCAUGGGCAUUCCGAUUGGAAAGCUUGCUCUUUACACCGGUUGCGCCGGUAUUAGGCCCGAAGGGGCCUUACCAUUGACCGUGGACUUGGGCACAGGCAAUAAGGCCCUGCAGAACGACCCACUAUACAUGGGCAGCCGAAGAGACAAGGUCACCGCGGCCGAAGAACAAGAGUUCUUGGAUGAGCUGAUGGCCGCGUUGAAGGAACGCUGGCCGGACAUCGUCAUCCAGUUCGAGGACUGGAAGAAUCCUUUCCCGUCUCUUGAGCGCUACCGUCAUGACUACGCCAUGUUCAAUGACGAUAUCCAAGGUACCGGAGCCGUCAUAAUGGGAGGUAUAGUGGGUGCUGUCAAGCAGUCUGGGAUCGCUGCGAAGGACCACCGCGCAGUCUUCCUUGGGUCCGGAUCGGCUGGUGUCGGUGUGGCCAAACAGAUCGUCGACUACUUCAUGCGCGAAGGUCUGACAGAAGAGGAGGCCAAGAACUGUUUCUGGCUCGUCGAUAGCAAGGGUCUUGUGACUCAAGACCGCGGAGACAAGCUUGCUGACCACAAGAUCUACUUCUCACGAACAGACAACAAGGGGCAACAAUUCAAGACUCUGGACGAGGUCAUUGACUAUGUGAAGCCCACCAUCAUCAUGGGCCUUAGCACGAUCGGUGGUGCCUUCACUCCUGAAAUCUUGCAGAAGAUGGCCAAGUGGAAUGAUAGACCCAUUAUCUUCCCACUCUCGAAUCCAUCGUCCAAGUCAGAAUGCACCUUUGAGGAAGCAAUUGUGAACACUGAUGGUCGAGCCCUCUUCGCUUCGGGAUCCCCCUUCCAUCCAGUCACAUACAAGGGUAAGAUCUACCAUGGCGGCCAAGGCAACAACAUGUAUGUGUUCCCUGGUAUCGGUCUCGGUACAAUUCUCUCCAAGGCUGUACAGGUCACCCCGAACAUGAUCUAUGCUUCUGGCGAAGCUCUUCCGACCAUGAUCACAGAGGAAGAGAAGGAGAGGGCACUCUUGUACCCUGCCAUCACCCGCAUUCGAGAAGUCAGUGCACGUGUUGCCCUGUACGUCGUCCGUGCUGCGCAGAAGGACAACGUCGACAGACUGCACCAUCUGCGUGACAUGACCGAUGAUCAAUUGGAAGCGUGGAUCAAGGAUAAGAUGUACGACCCGCACAAAGAAACCGAGGAGCUAGAGAACGAGGUUCGUGAGUUGGUGCAGGAUAUCAUGAGCUCGCCAAAGCUGUGA